ACAGCACAGCCAGCAUAUAUGUGACCCGGAGGGGCUUCAGCCGGAUGACCCAGGAUGUCUACUUCCUUCCCAUUGAGAUCAACGACAACGGCAUCCCUCCCAUGAGCAGCACCAACACGCUGACCAUCCGAGUGUGCAGCUGUGACAGUAAGGACACCAUCCUGUCCUGCAAUGUGGAGCCUUACAUCCUGCCUGCAGGCCUCAGCACCGGAGCUCUCAUCGCCAUACUUGCCUGUAUCGUCAUUCUCCUMGCGAUCGUGGUGCUGUUUGUGGCACUGCGUCGUCAGAAGAAGGAGCCACUCAUCGUCUUCGAGGAGGAAGACAUCCGUGAGAACAUCAUCACCUAUGAUGAUGAAGGCGGUGGAGAGGAGGACACAGAGGCCUUCGACAUUGCUACACUACAGAACCCUGACGGUGCCAACGGCUUCCUACCCCGUAAGGACAUCAAGCCUGAGUUCCAGUACCCGAUGAGGCCUGGCGGGCGCCCCGUGGCCAACAGUGUGGACGUGGAUGAUUUUAUCAAGACCCGCAUUAACGACGCGGACAACGACCCCACGGCCCCUCCCUAUGACUCUAUCCAGAUCUAUGGCUACGAGGGCCGGGGCUCCAUCGCUGGAUCCCUCAGCUCCUUGGAGUCGGUGACCACAGAUUCAGACCUAGACUACGACUACCUCCAAAGCUGGGGCCCGCGCUUCAAGAAGCUGGCCGACCUUUACGGCACCAAAGACUCRGCCGAUGACAACUCUUAACGUUCACCCAUUUCCCRGACCARCUCCUUGCYCCCUUUCUCCAACCRUCCACUGACUUUGUGUGGUGCUUGAAGUUUACUAUAAGUAUACCACAAGCAUUUUUAUUUAUAGUAAACUUUGUUAUUUGUACGUGUAAAGUAUACUUGCAGUAUACUAGAUACCUGUUGGGGAUGUUUGGUAAGGAAGGACAGAUGGUAUUGAGGAGGUGGAGACAAGAGCGAGAGAGAAAGAAUGAUAAAAAACUGAAAAACUAAACAAAAACAAAAAAUCACCUCUGUGGGAUGUACUGGUAUGUAUGAAAAAUGAAGACAUGGUUAAUGUUUGUGGUGAGAGAUCAAAUAACACUUGGUAUUUCACUUUUUUAGUCAUUUUGUAGGUUACUACGGUUUGGGGUUGGAAUGUGGGUCACAGAGAGACAUGUAAUUGUUGAUACUGUGAAUGAGCUCACAAAGGAGAAGAGAAAAUUGUUGCCUUAUAUCAAUGAAAAACCUAUGAGAAAACAGUAACAGCAAACUGAGACUGGUCGCUCCUGUAGCACCUCCCUCUUCCUGAGGAAGAUCGAUUCAACAAAAACAGAGACAGUGUUUUUUUUUCACAAAUCCAGAGAAAAAUCCCCCCUUUCAGCCCAAUUUCACCAAUGAUCAAUCACAAGGAAAGACCUGUGAGCUCAAAAAUCGCCUUAAGUAAUGGACUUUCUUGCAUCACGGUGCAUUUUUUGCAACUUGAAAAGUAUAUCCUAAAGCAAGCUGAAGUCCAUAUAACGUAUGUACAGUAGAAUGUGCAAAUAUGUCUCUUGAGGAUCAAACUUGCGCCUAUUGGUUCUUGUAAAUCCAUUUUUUUUUUAUGAUGUUAUUAUGAUUACUAUGAUUUUUUUUUGUUCUCUUCAUUUUUUAUUUGAUUUGUUUGGCGUAUGUUUUUCUCCCUCGUUGAGAAAAUAGCAAUCUGUUCUGUCGUAGUGAAUAAUGCCUAAUUUCUAUGUCGAAUUUAUGGUACCUAUUUGUAAAAUGUUCUUAUUUUAGUACACAUGCAGAUAUCAGUAUUUCAACAUGUAAUGUUACAGCAUCACCCUUAUAUUUUAUGAACAUUGUACUGUUGCUUUAUUAUGUGCUUCUAUCUAAGAAGCGAGAAAAACUUUGAAAUAAAUGCUUUUUAUAAAAUUA